AUGAACAACAACAGUGAAACGGUGGUAACUGAGUUCAUUUUGCUUGGCCUCUCAAACCAUCCUGUAGCUCAGACCAUCUUCUUCUGGAUUGUUCUGGUAAUCUACCUCAUCGGCUUGCUGGGGAAUGGCCUGAUGAUUAUACUGAUCAUUACCAACUGUCACCUCCAUACCCCCAUGUACUUUUUCCUCAGUAACCUCUCCUUCCUAGACAUUUGCUACACCACCACCAGUGCCCCCCAGGCCUUGGUUACCUGCACCACAGAGAGAACUAAGAUUUCCUACAUGGCCUGCAUGGCCCAGGUACACAUUGGCCUGUAUCUAGGAACCACAGAGUAUAUCCUCCUCGCUGUCAUGGCAUAUGACCGCUUUGUGGCCAUAUGCAGCCCCUUACAUUACACCGUGAUCAUGAGGUGGAGAGUUUGUGUCCAAAUGGCCAUUGGAACUUGGGGCACUGGCUUUAUCCUGACCCUCAUCUUUACGGUCACAGGCCCUAAACGGUUCUGUGGCUCUGUCAUCAACCACUUCACUUGUGAGCCCCAAACAGUUGGCAAGCUGAUCUGUGGUGACAAUCACUUAAACAAUAUUGUUUCUUUUAUCAACACGGCAGUGCUCCUAAUUGUGCCAUUUACUUUUAUCUUGGUGACAUAUUUCCGCAUUGGCCUGGCAGUUUGGCGGAUUCGUUCUGACCAGGGCUGGAGCAAGGCUUUUUCUACCUGUAGCUCUCACCUUGCUGUUAUUGCCAUCUUCUAUGGUUCAUCCAUGGCCAUGUACUUGCAACCAAAAUCCAAAAAUACCUCUGAGAGAGACAAGAUGGUCUCUGUUCUCUAUGGAGCUGUGACUCCCAUGCUCAACCCCCUGAUAUAUAGUUUGAGGAACAAGGACGUGAAACGGGCACUGCAGAAACUCUUUGGGGGAAAGAGAUCCAGAUAUUAA